AUGGCUGAGCAGGUCCUGUAUGAGUCACAGAGGCACUAUGGCCACCAUGCAAGAAACAUUGAUCCUGUAGACGCAAUCCUGCUCCUCAUAAGCCUCAUCAUCAUGGUCAACCUUGGAAUCAAUGUGAUGAUUCUGAUCUGUCGCAGUCUCUUGAGGUCCCUACACGGAACAUUUGUUUUCUUUCGAAAUAAAGUAGGUCAAUUUACUAAGAAGCCCCAGAAUUCUGAUAAGAAGGCGUCAGGGUUCCCAACUCUGUGCAUCCACUGUACCUUGGACCCUGUGGCUCUAAACGUGGCUCACACUGCACUCAACCGACGUCGUCGAGACCCUCAGAACUCGGGCAGUUAUAAAGGAAGCUGCCGGGGCCGCCGGGAACGUGCCCGCCAAUACUAUCUUCAACACCGUCACCAACCUCGGAUAUGCAUGCCCCAAUCCCCUCCUCCCUCAUCUUCACCCCAACCCACUGCCUUCUGUUGCCAAGAAACCUGGGACACAGAUUUAGAUGACUGUAAAGAUUCCCAGAACCCACAGUCCAACUACCAGCAGAGUUGGAACACAACCCAUCCACCUGGAAACAUCAGGCAUUACAGGCAGUGCUGGAGGAGUUACUAUCCAGAGGGAUCUAACCUCCCUCCUCAAGACCAGAGGGUUCCCAGAAGGGUGGAAGCAAAGUCUGAGUUGAGGUUAGAGACUUAUUAUCAGUCACCUCCGACCCGCUGGCCUCAAAAUAUAAAGGAGAACAUGGAACUUGCCCCCACCCACAACUCCCCACCAUUCACACAAAGGUUCCCUCCCAACCCAUCUUGUAUGCCUGGCACCCACAACCCCAUUCCUCCAAAUGGCCAGAUUGUUUGUGAAACCCGUAUAAGGCAAAGGCCCCAAGAUGCCAAGGGGUUUUAUGUUCCCAAGACUCCCCAGUGUGUUCUUAAAAACCCUGAGCCCCAGAGCUAUGCUGAUGCUGUGCCUAAAUGGAAUAACAUCCCAAAUCGGACUCAGGCCUCAGGAAGACAUUCAUCCUUCAUCAACCGGGAUAGAUCAGAGAUAAAAGGAAAUGAAGGAGAGCCCAAGAUCCCAAUAGUUACAUCUAUCUCCUUCUGCAGAUUCCAGAACCGUGAACCACAAAACUACCUUGCUUCUGCCCCAAAUGAGAACCAGAUCCCUGAGGUUUCCCAGCCCUCGCCCUCUGUCUCAGCACGUGUCCCAGCCUCUGAACAAUGCCAUGCACCUGCCUUCACCCCCCUUAGCAGGAACCCAGGGGGCAUCACCAACUGCCAAGUAUAUGAUAGCCUGGAGCUGAAGCGGCAAAUUCAGGAAGGACGAGGGCGACGAGGUGAGACCUAUUCCAGCCCCCCUGUCACAACCCCCGCAUAUCUUUCCACAUCUUGGCACUCUCCACCGAGAACCAAGGCUGGGAGGAUGAACUGA